UUAAUCAUUUACGCAGCCACUUAACACGCGGAUGUGUAUUUAUUUACUUAUCAGUAUCAGUCAAUUUCCCUCCCCUGCAAGUGCACUUUUGCAUGUCUGAGUACGAUAAGGCAUAACACAAACAAUCCUGCAAUCACUGGAGGCCUCUCAUGGCCAUUAAAAGUCAGUAGUUCAACUGAGGAGUGGUUCUCCAACUCUCAAGUCCAUAUAGGCCUCCUUUCAUCAAGAGGCCCUCGUAAACAUCACUACAGUUAAUAAAGUGUAUUGUUGGUCAGUGCGGUCCACAAGGUGCAGCGGUGUGUUUAUCAGCGACAGCAACAAGUCACCAACUCCAAACGCAGCAGCAGCAGCUGCAGGAGCUGCAGGAGCACCGGGACGAGCAUUUAUGAUCAUGCAACAGCGCUUCUGUUAUUGUUAGUGGGAGGGGAGCACAUGUCUUGUAAGUGAAAUUACGCUCUGAGAAAAGGAGGCUAGAGCUGUUUGGUAUUGUUGCCUGAUGCCCCGCCUCUGAUGGUAGCCUUAAACCUGGCACCCAGCUAAAACAAACCAAAGCCAGCACCGAGCUCCCACUCAAUCCAAUUAAGGCGGACUUGAGGCGCUCUCUCCUACGUGUUCAUCUACCAGGAUCGACGUUGAGAGACAACAGGAACCAGAGGGGCUUUGGCCAAAAAAAAAAAAAAAAAAAAAAAAAAAAGAGAAGGAGAGAUUGCCUUGCCUUCUAAUUUCUCCCCUCUCCAGCCCCAGAACAAUGUCGAUGAGCCCUAAGCAUACGACUCCUUUUUCUGUUUCCGAUAUCUUGAGUCCCCUUGAGGAGAGCUAUAAGAAAGUAAGUAUGGAGAAUAACAACUUGGGGGCACCUCUCACUUCGUACCGGCAGCCGCAGGUCUCUCAGGCGGCGAUGCAACAGCACCACAUGGGCCAUAAUGGGACUGUGUCUGCGGCUUACCACAUGACUGCUGCAGGUGUUUCUCAGCUGUCACACUCGGCCAUGGGGGGCUACUGUAACGGCAACCUGGGCAACAUGGGCGACCUGCCGUCGUACCAGGACGGCAUGAGAGGCAGCGCCGGGACCACCGGCUGGUACGGAGCCAACCCGGACCCACGCUUCUCCACUAUUUCUCGCUUCAUGGGCUCAUCGUCGGGCAUGAACAUGGGCAGCAUGGGCAGCCUCAGCUCCCUGGCAGACGUGGGUAAAGGCAUGGGCUCUCUGUCCAGCACCCCGAGGAGAAAGCGACGGGUGCUGUUCUCCCAGGCGCAGGUCUACGAGCUGGAGCGACGCUUCAAGCAGCAGAAAUACUUGUCUGCGCCGGAGAGGGAACACCUGGCGAGUAUGAUCCACCUCACUCCGACGCAGGUGAAAAUCUGGUUUCAGAACCACCGGUAUAAGAUGAAGAGGCAGGCGAAAGACAAAGUGUCCCAGCAGCAGAUGCAGCAGGACAGCGGUUCUUGCCAGCAGCAGCAGCAGCAGCAGUCCCCAAGGAGGGUGGCCGUGCCGGUGCUGGUUAAGGAUGGCAAGCCGUGCCAAGGCAGCGGCCACACGCCCACAUCCUCCUCCGUGCAGACCCUCCACCAGCAAGGAGGCAACGUCAUGAUCAUGUCCAACAACACGUCCUCCGUGCUCGGGCAGCAUCAGCAGAGCCAGCAGGUGGGAAGCACAGGCCACUCUCCAGAUUUGGCGCCUCACUCCUCCAGUCCUCCGUCCCUGCAGAGCCAGGUGGCCGGCCUCUCUCACCUCAACUCCGCCGGAGCAGAGUACGGCUCGGCCCUGCAGUGUUCAGCUCUGUUAUACGGCAGGACGUGGUGACAAGAGGCGCUCAUUUAAAAAAAACAAUUUAAAGAGAAAAAAAAACACUUUUUUUUUUUUUUUUUUUAAAGACUCGACAAGUUUUACUGUAAAAUGUUGCAUCUGAACAAGAACCAGCUCUUCUUGAAUUUUCAACCUUUUUGGAAUGAAGUGUGACUAAUAUGGAAGAAAGGAGGGGAAAAAAAAGACUUUUUUUUCUUUCAUUCAAGACAAGUUUUACUGUAAAAUGUGCAUCUGAACAAGAAACCAAACCGGUGCAGCUCUUCUUGAAUUUUCACCUUUUUGGAGAAGGAAGUGUGACUAAUAUGGAAGAAAGGAGGAGAAAAAAAAAAACACUUUUCACCAGAAAACUGCGGAAAUCUUGGGAUUUAUUUAUGUAAAUUAUAUUGAAACAAAAAGAAGAAUCAGCAGUCAUAUAGGCCGCAGUAGUUUUGUGAAACUGCUGUAUAUGGGUGCUGUUAAAUCCCCCUCCACCUCCUCACAAACACACACUGAUUUAUAAUAGAAUUUAAUGUAAGCCUAAGUAGAUCUAGCUUGUAUAUUUCUGUAAAAGGUUUGAAUUUUAGCUAUCUGUUGUACAAAGUUUUUGACGCUAUUUGCCGUUUUGUUGUCGUUUCAUUGGUAUUUGUAUACGUUUUAUUUCUUUGUAACUUAUAUAGAUAUUUGACUUACUACAAAAACAGUCCUAUUAAUAAAUUAUGGAAAAACAA